GUUCAUUCAUAAUAUGAAGAUGCUGCUGACUUUGUUCCUCUUCCUUAUUGGGAGUCAAACUUCAGUAACUCAGAUGCCUGCCCCUACAUCUGCAGAUAUUGUCCUUUUGGUUGACAGCUCUAAUAGCCUGGGAAACAAGACGUUCCCCUCUAUGAAGUCUUUUAUUAGCAAAAUGAUCAAUCAUCUAACAGCGACUCCUAACCAAUACCGUAUCGCACUUGCCCAGUACAGUGAUGAUUUGCACGUUGAAUUUCUGCUGGACGUCUAUAAAGCAAAGAACCCAAUGCUGAAUUAUGUAAAAAAAAAUGUUGUAUUCAAGGGUGGUUCAGUAAAAACUGGCAAUGCCCUUCGAAAAGUUCACAAGACCUUUUUCAAAGGACCAGCUAGUGGAAGAGACAAAGAACGAAUUCUGGUAGUCUUGACUUCAGGGGCAUCAGAGGAUGCUGUAGUAGAGCCUGCCAAGAUCUUGAAAAGUGACGGGGUAAAAAUCAUAGCCAUGGGGAUGCAGGAUGUUUCUGCUCAAGAACUGCAGUCAAUGGCUACAUCUCAAUUUUCUUAUAAGUUUCGCACAGUGAGGGAUCUCAGUAUGUCUUCUCAAAACCUGACCAAGACCAUAGAGGAUGUUAUUCAAACAGAUAUUAAUGGCAUAAUACCAACAGAUAUAAUUGCAAUUUGUAAGAAUGAUUCUGUUGCUGAUGUUGUGUUCAUAGUAGAUGAGGGUGUUUCAAAACCACAAGCUGAAGAAAUUAAAAAUUUCCUGCAAAAUACAGUCUCCUUUCUUGAUGUGAAAAAGAAUCGUACAAAGAUUGGCCUAGUGACAUAUAGCAGUGAGUCACACGUGUUAUCUUUAUUGAGCGAAGAAACAAACAAAACUGCUAUUCUGCAGAAAAUACAUAGCUUUUCUCCGAGGGAAGGGAAGGCCAACACCGGUGCUGCCAUUAAUGCUACAAGGCAAAGAGUCUUCUCUGGAAGCAGAAAGGGCCAAGGGAUAGAGCAAAUAGCCAUUCUGAUCACCCACAGACCCUCUGAAGACAACAUAAGUGAGGCAGCUCAUGAUAUUCGGAGAGCUGGUGUGACUGUAUUCACCAUAGGCAUUGAAAAUGCUGAUUACACCCAGUUAACCCAGAUAGCAUCAUAUCCUCAACAGCAAUAUGUUACUAAGCUGACGGCAUUUUCUGACCUGCCAAAAGAAGCCAGAACUUUACAAAAGAAACUCUUGAAUCAAAUUCAGGACAAACUGUAUGUCCAGUCUGAAAGAAGAGAACUACUUAAAGCAGGAUGUGUGGACACAGAGGAAGCUGAUAUUUAUGUCCUCAUUGAUGGCUCAACAAGCAUUUAUCCUGCUCCCUUCGGAGACAUCAAAAAUUUUUUGAAGGAAGUGAUUAAGAUGUUUAACAUAGGGCCAAAUAAAGUUCGCUUUGGAGCUGUGCAGUUCUCACAUGACAAAAGACUGGAGUUUGAACUUGAUGAAUACAGCAAAACAAAUGAUUUAGAAAGGGGCAUCGACAACAUUAGGCAAAUAUAUGGGGAUACCCAUAUUGGAGAAGCUUUGACUUUCAUGCAGCCACUAUUUAAAAGGGCAAGGGAGCAGAGAGCUGGCAGGGUGCCUUGUUACCUCAUUGUCCUAACAGAUGGGGAGUCACAUGACAGUGUGAAGGAGCCUGCUGAGAGACUGAGGAAUGAGACGGUUAAUAUUUAUGCCAUUGGUGUAAAAGGUGCAAAUGAAGCACAGCUCCAUGAGAUUGCAGGGUCAAAGAGCAGGACUUUCUUUGUGCAAGAGUUUGACUCCUUGAAAAACAUAAAAAAUGAAAUUGUUCAAGGGAUCUGUUCUGGAGAAGCCUGCAAAGAAAUGACAGCUGACAUCAUGUUUCUAGUGGACAGCUCUGGAAGCAUAGGACGAGAGAACUUUUUGAAAAUGAAAAACUUUAUGAGAGAACUGGUGAACAAAUCUGACAUCAGCACAGACCGAGUGCAGGUUGGGGUCGUCCAGUUCAGUGACAGACAGAAGGAAGAGUUCCAGCUUGACCGAUACUCUUCAAAAAGUGACAUUUUCAGUGCUAUUGCUAGAAUGUCUCUUAUAGGGGAAAAUACACUAACAGGAGGCGCUUUGACAUUUGUAGCUGAUUAUUUCAAGCCUCCCAAAGGUGCACGUCCGGCUGUCAAAAAGAUUCUUAUCCUGAUUACAGAUGGGGAAGCGCAGGAUGAAGUAAAAGGUCCAGCAAAAACCCUACGUGAUCAAGGUGUUAUUAUCUACUCUGUUGGGGUGUUUAAUGCAAAUAAAACUCAGCUGGAAGAGAUUAGUGGGAAGCGUGAGCUGGUUUUUUACGUUGAGAAGUUUGAUAUUCUGAAGCACAUAGAAGAUGAGAUCAUCUUUGGAAUAUGCACACCUCAUGAGG